UGCACCUCUGGUCUGUGUGCCGAGGGGUGGACGUGUUGUCGGUGCCUCUGGCGCCUCUAGCUGCGCCACUGCGCCACUAGCGAGAGAAACUGCAGUCUUUGUGGAUCCAGGUCGGUCUGAAUGAAUGGAGGGGAGCCGAUGGUCGGUCGGAGAGGCGGCGAGACGAAGCGGCGGACCGUGUGCUUUCAACUUCGGCGGCGCGCCGUGCAAAGUCGGCAGACGCGAGUCGCUCCACGGAGCCGCCGCUCCGAAGGCCCCGGAGGGGAUUAUUUCCUCCUAAUCCCGAUCCUGCGCCGACCGGGCUUCAGUGACCAGACGCUGUUCGCCGGAGGUCGAGCUUUCUUCUUCGCCCGUGUGCCGCCAGCAACAGGUUAUUUGCAGCUUAGCACGGCAUCCGACUCGCAGCUGUAGCCCCGGGGGUCGUAAGAUCUGCGUGAACUUCUCGCCCUGGGAACCGAGAGAUGCUUCCCCCCCCCCCUUUUCUUUUCUUUUCUUUUCUUUUUCUUUUUGUUUUUUUGGCCGAUCUUUUCCGUGCCCUCACCCCGCAGCUUUGUGCUCGCCGCCGACCGGAUCCCGCAGCCCGAGCGCGCUGCGUCUGAGAGGAGGGCGACGGCAGAAAAUGAGAGAGAAUAUGAAAAAGCCAUAGAGGAAGGACCGGUCGUCAAACCGUAGCCGGGGGACUGACACGGAGCCUGCAGCACCGACAGACAGACCUGCGAGGGAGCCGGUGUCGGCUCAGUGGGGGGGGGACAUUUCUUCUUCUUUUUUUUUCUUCAAGAAGGACUGCGUGCAUAGAUGGUGCCAAACAAGUGGACCAUGAAUUCCGUUCUGCACAAAUCGCCACCAAGGAGCUGGCUUGGGCUCAGACUGCGACUCAAUGACAAGCCCGUCCAGGAGGAGGACUGGGUGGUUUGCCAGCAUCCCGAGUGUCCCGAGCGCCGGAGGGCCUCUAAGGUUUGCCACCACCCAGACUGCCAAGACCUGAAUAGCAAAGGCCCCCUUCACCUGUGUGAGUCAUGUGACUCACGCUACCAUUCAGAGAACACAGACAACAUGCACUUUGACCGGCACCCCCGAUUUGACUUACAACCUCAAGCCUCCAUCCUGGCUCGGAACGUGUCCACGCGCUCCUGUCCCCCACGCACAAGCCCCCCCUCCGACCUGGAGGAAGAGGACGAGGGGAGCAAUGACCGUGGGGAGCGGAGAACAGGGGGGCUGAAGUUGGUGAAAAAGAAGCCACGGAGACGACACACUGAUGACCCCAGUAAGGAGUGCUUCAGCCUCAAGUUUGAUCUCAACGUGGACAUAAACACAGAAAUUGUACCUGCGAUGAAAAAGAAAACGCUGAGAGAGGUUCUAGGGCCUGUGUUUGAGAGGAACGGCAUUGAGCUGUCCCGGGUCGACCUGUUCCUGGAUCAGUCCAACACGCCUCUGUCCCUCAACUUUGAGGCUUACCGUUUUGGGGGACACUACCUCAAAGUCAAAGCACGGCCAGGUGAUGAGCUGAAGGUGGAGCAGGGCGUGAAGGACUUGAGGUCGCUCAGCCUGCCCAACAUGAAGCCCUCCGGAGGUCAGAGCCCCUACAUCCUCACCCCGGGCAGCGAGAGGGUGGAGCAUGGGUCUCUGGGACGCAGGGAAAGCGUAGACCUGCUGGGUCAGGCACGACGGAGGAAGAACAUGACAGAGUUCCUCGGGGAGACGAAUAUUCCUACCCCGGACGCUCUGGGACAAAUCGGUGGCUCUCUGCCCAGUGUCGGGGCAGGGCCCGACAGCUGGAAGAACCGCGCCGCCAGCCGCUUCAGUGGCUUCUUCAGCUCCAACGCCGGAGCAGGGCCCUUCGGCAAGGAGGUGGACCGUCUGGAGCAGCUCCAGAGCAAGCUCCACUCCUACACGUUGUUCGGGCUGCCCAAGGUGCCGCGGCAGCUCUCCUUCCACCAGGACUCCUGGGAGGAGGAGGAGGAGGAGCCCAACCUGGCCCUGGAGGACAGCUGGCAGUCGCUACUGGACAACUCAGAGACACUGACAAGGCGACAGUUCCACCAGCAGGAGGCAAUAUGGGAGCUGCUGCACACGGAGGCUACCUACAUAAAGAAACUCAGAGUCAUCACUGAUCUGUUCCUGUGCGGGCUGCUGAACCUGCAGGAGAGCGGUCUGCUGACGGAGGUGGAGCCCGCCAAGCUGUUCAGCAACAUCCAGGAGAUCGUCCGCCUCCACACAUCCCUGUGGAACCAGGUCAUGCUGCCGGUCCUGGAGAAGGCCAGGCGGGCCCGGGCUCUGCUCGACCCCACUGACCUCCACCUAGGCUUCAGGACGUUUGGCUCCAGAUUCAAGCCCUACAUCCGGUACUGCAUGGAGGAGGAGGGCUGCAUGGAGUACAUGCGCACACUUCUCAGGGACAACGAGCUCUUCAGGACCUACGUCACGUGGGCAGAGACCCAUAAGCAGUGUAACCGUCUGAAGUUGGCCGACAUGCUGGCAAAGCCUCACCAGAGACUGACCAAAUAUCCACUCCUACUGAAGAGCGUUCUCAAGAAGACGGAUGAGCCGUCGGCCCGAGACAUUGUCAAUAACAUGGUGGCCACGGUAGAGGGCUUCAUCAACAGCGUGGACUCUCAGAUGCGACAGCGUCAGGAGCAACAGAAGCUGGCCACCAUCUCUGCCCGUAUAGACUCCUACGAGGCUGUAGAGGGCAGCAGUGAAGAGGUGGAGAAGAUCCUCAAGGAGUACAACCGCUUCGACCUUAUGGCUCCCAUGAGAGGCAUAUCCCCAGAGGAGACUCGCCAGCUGCACCUUGAGGGAGCGCUGAGGAUGAAAGAGGGCAAAGACAGUAGGAUGGAUGUUUACUGUUUCCUGUUCACUGACCUGCUGCUAAUUACGAAGCCAGUAAAAAGAGUGGAGAAAGUCAAAAUCAUCCGCCAGCCUCUGCUCAUGCACAAUGUCGUCUGUAAGGAGCUGAAAGACCCCGGCUCAUUCAUCCUCAUCUACCUCAACGAGUUCAAGAGUGCAGUGGCGGCCUACACUUUCCAAGCCAACAGCGCCACCCAGGGGCGAAGCUGGAUUGAUGCCAUCUGCAAUGUCCAGAACCAGCUCCAGAGGCUUCGCACCGAAGAGGUCCUCCGACAGCAGAACAGUCUGAAGAGAUGUAUGGGUGAAGAGGAGGAGGAGGAGGAGGAGGAUGAGAGCAGCAACUCCACCACAAGUUCUCCAUGCCUGAGGCACAAAGACCAGCAGAACUCAAGUCAAUCAGAUGGUUCCACUGAGACGCUGUCAGUGAUGGACAUUGAUGAACCAGGUGAACACCAAGAGCCUCCCGCUCCCAACAUGAACCUCGAGGGAACCGCUAAGACAGACUCGGACUCCGAUGUGGCCCCCCUGUCUGAAAGGUCUGAGGUUCAGCAGUGUCAGUCCACGAACCCCCACCGAGUCCACGCCAGUAUUUACUCUGAGCCCGAUCAGGAGGCCAUGCCUGACGGCGAGGAGCUGGACCCCCAGUGUCGCUCUCUGUCCAUGGAUAGCGCCUACGGCACCCUCUCCCCUGAAUCCCUCCUGAGAGAGCUUCAGCCACAGCCCGGCCAAAGUGAAGGAGAGGAGACCGAGGAGGAAGAGGGAGAUGGGGAAUGCCAGGAGGCAGAGCAGGGCGAGGGAGAAAUAGAGGAGGCAGGACAGCAGGAGGAAGCAGAAGAAGAGGAGGAGGAGGCGGAUGCUGCCUCGCUUGGGUCCCAGCUGUCAGUAGUUCAGUCCUCUAAACCUCGCCGGCGACCUCAUGUUCAGUCUCGACUCCAUUGCCUCCACAGGCUGUCCACUCUGGCCUUGUCCCGCUCUGAGGACAAUCUCCUGCAGCGCAUCCACAGUAAAACCCCCAUAUCCCACGCUCACUCACUCAGCACCAAGGAGCAGGACCAAUCACAGUGCAGGGACAUGGACACAUCACCGCUGGCACACAGUAAGAGCCUGACAGAGCUGGGCCAGAACUGCACAGAGCUGCUCUCCAGUGACCUCAACCAGUCUGAUGACUGCUUGAGCACGAGCAUGCCGCCAGACAAACUCUGUGCCAGCCCGAGGAGGGCGGAGGCCAGGCACGGCCCCAGGGCGCCUGCCGGACAAUGUGAGCCUAAUGAGUCCCAAAGCAACGGCUCAGACGGGGAAACGGCUCCUUCUGCCUGCGCAGAUAGGAAAAACGAGUCAACGGCCGCCGGUGAUUCAGCGGAAAUGUCGCCCAAAAAGAGGAAGUCUCCAGCCCAGCCGCACAAAAAACUGACACUAGCUCAGCUCUACAGGAUACGCACCACUCUCGUCCUCAACUCCACACUCACUGCAUCGGAGGUAUAACCACUCUCCCAAACAGCUGACCAGUGGCAUGCAGACAUUCUGAGGAACGACAUUUGUUUUGCGUGGAUGGACUGAAUUUCUUGAGACACAAAUGCACUCUCUCUCUCUUGCUGCCCUCUCCCUUCCUGUUGGUUUUUGGACAGUGACUCUGCCAUUUUUACAUUUGAACAAUAACAAUCCUUUUUUUUUUUUUUUCCUUUGCUGUUGCAUUGGUUUCCGAACUUCUCGAAUGGAAAGGAGAGGCAGAGAGACAUUAACUGCUUGCACUUUGCAACCGAAGUAGCAUUAUGGGGGCUGGGACCUUAAGGUGGACUGGGGGAGUGUGCAGAGCGUGGAUGCGCCGCCCUUGCAGAACGAGGAGGAAUCCAGGCAGAGGUCUUCGAACCUUAUCCCCGCACGCUGCACUGGAGAGGAGGCGGGACCGAAUCCUGCACCUUCUCUGUCAAAGAGAGGGGACACCAAGUCUUGAAAAUACUCUCUACACGUGGCUAAGACAAAAAAAACAACAACAACAAAACAAAAAAAAGCACCUACAAUGUCCUUGAUGUUUGUACUACUCCUGGUUUGAAAAAAAAAAAAAUGAAAAUUGCACAGUUAUCUUUAUUAAGUAGAAGAAUCACUAAGGAGUGAAAUUACAUUUACAGUCACGCAGUGAAUUAGAAUUUAUUGUUUGCUGUUUGUGUCUGCCUGUGUACAGAUGUGUGGAUGUGAACGUGUGAAUGAAUGUCUGUGUUCGAAUGACACAUGGUCCUCGAUUCCUGACUGAACCAAAACUGAUUCCCAUCUCCUGUGAACACGCUAAACACGCCCAAAGAUGGAAGACCCGAGCAGCCGGUAGAUUCCCAACGACAGAAAAAGUGCACCCAAAGACGAGGCGUUCCAGUGCAGCCAAUCAUAAAACAGCUGUAUUACCACAGAGAUGGACUUCCUUCUGUACUGUUGGUCUUUUAGUGGAACUAAUGCCGUUUGGUAUGUUGAACUAAUAAGAUGAGUUAAUUUCCCUCAAAAAACAAAAAAAC